AUGGCCACUAGUCUCAAAGCUAUUAAAUUUGAUAGAAAUUCACGGAGCCUUCAUGUCCUUGACCAGCUCUUGAUCCCGUUCCAAGAAAAGUAUUUGCCAAUAUACUCCAUUAGUGAUGGGUACGCAGUCAUCAAGAAGAUGCAAGUUCGUGGGGCCCCAGCCAUUGCUAUUGUUGGGGUAUUAUCAAUCAUUGUUGAGUUGAAUUACCUCUUAAAACCACAAGGGGCAGUGGUCCAGACAUAUUAUGAUAUCGCUGAUGUUGAAAACUUCAAGAAUGUGUUGAUUCAGCGGAUCGAGUACCUUGUUUCUUCAAGACCUACUGCAGUUAAUUUGUCCAACGCCUGCAAAGACGUGGUGCAAAUCAUCAAUCAUUCCUCAACAGAUUCGCCUAACACAUUGCUCGAGGAAAUCUGUAAAUAUGGAACGAAGUUAUUCGAUGAUGACUUGACCAAUAACUACAAGAUUGGUGAAAACGGCGCCAAGUUCAUCUUGGACAAUUUGAAGCAACAGAAUUAUACAGGCCCGUUUAGUGUCUUGACCAUCUGUAAUACUGGAUCUUUAGCAACUUCAGGCCACGGGACUGCUCUCGGGGUGGUUAGAUCAUUGUGGGAGUUAUCCAAGGCAAACAAGGAUACUGAACCAUCGACUAAGAAAUCUAAGACAAAUGAUGGUUCUGCUGGUGAUGCUUGGCUUGAAAGAGUCUUCCCAUUGGAAACCAGACCAUAUAAUCAAGGGUCACGUUUGACAGCGUUUGAGUUGGUUUAUGAAAAAAUCCCUGCCACCUUGAUCACCGAUAACAUGAUUAGCUUCUUGUUAGACUCCAUUGCUAAUGGCAGAGUUAAUCAACCUCCAGUGAAGGCAGUAAUUGUUGGCGCUGAUAGAAUUGCCAAAAAUGGUGAUACAGCCAACAAGAUUGGAACGUUGCAAUUGGCGAAGAUUAGCUCACUUUAUCCUGGUAUUUUGUUUUUAGUGGCGGCUCCAACCACCACCAUCGACCCGCUAUGUCCUGAUGGGAGUCACAUUGUUGUUGAGGAGAGACCAGCUGAUGAGCUCAGAAAAGUCAAAGGGGGAAUCCGUGAUGGGGACCUGUACAAAAUUAUCAACAUCGACGUUGCACCUAAUGAGAUUGACGUAUGGAACCCUAGUUUUGAUGUCACUGGCCAUGUUUUGAUCCAUGGUAUAGUUACUGAGAACGGUGUUUUGACAAAAACUGAUGGUCAGUUCAGUAUUUAG